AUGAGUUUUGCAAGAGAAGUUAUAAAUCCAACAUCUUCUAAUGCAAUCGCAAAUACCUCAGAACGACAUAGAAAGCUAAAACAAAUAUUCCCUGGAGCAAUAGGUGCGCUAGAUGGAACUCUUGUACAUGCAGUCGUGCCUGUUGAUCAACAGACUCGUUAUAGGGGAAGAGGAAAGGGUGAAUGCUUUCAUAAUGUCUUAGCAAUUUGUGAUUUUGAUAUGAUAUUCACGUUUGUAUGGGCCGGAUGGGAGGGGAUUGCACAUGAUUCACGAGUUUUAAAAGAAGUAGCAUUUAACCCGACUUCCGGGUUUUCCUUCCCCCCACCAGUUUUGAUACUGGUGUUUACAUACAAAUAUUAUCUUUGUGACGCUGCAUACACCAACACUCGUGGAUUUAUGACUCCCUACAGUAAUACGAGAUAUUGGUUAGCCGAUUUUCGACAACAACGUGCGUUAACUAAGGAAGAAAAAUUCAACCAUGCCCAUGCACAACUCAGAAAUGUUAUUGAGCGCUCAUAUGGUGUUUUGAAGGCGAGAUUCCCAAUCCUAAAGCAAAUGGCUCCCUUUUCUUUUCCAAUCCAAAGGGACAUAGUGAUCGCCUGUUUCGCCGUCCAUAAUUUUAUAAGGAAAUGCAAUAUUCGUGAUCAAUUAUUUGUGGAGAAUGGCGAGAACACUGUGUUUUCUGGAAUACAAGGUGGAGAAAAUAUUGGGCAGUUCGUUCACGACAUAGAAUGGGGUUUACAAGACAUCGAGUAUAUGACUACUUUGCGUAACCAGAUAGCUAGUCAACUAAUUUGA